CACUUGGCGGCAAGGUGAAUAGUUUGAAUUCGACGCUUCUUUCGCAAUAUCUAGCAGUCUCGAGCUGUUUUUAAGCUGUCUGAGGCAAAUUUUGUCAUGCUAACCAGAAGAAAUGCUAAGCAGAGUCAACGGAAUUCUGCGGAUCAGUCCCUCUCUGAAUUCAACAGUUCCAGUAUGACUCACGGGUCGAAUCAGUCAGUUUAUCACCACAAUCAACACAUGGAUGACUCCGAAAUGAUGAUGGAUGAGCAGGAUUAUUCUCAGUAUCAAAUGGGGUUUCCUGAAGAAGAUGAGAUGGUGGAAGGAAUGAUGACCCCUCGAGCUGUGCACCAGUGUAAUGUUUGCAACAAAAUAUUUGUUUCCUAUAAAGGUCUCCAGCAGCAUGCAGUGAUACACACAGAUCAGAAGCCUUUCCGAUGUGAUAUUUGUUCAAAAUCAUUUAGGUUUAAGUCGAACUUGUUUGAGCAUCGUUCAGUCCAUACCGGCUUCACUCCUCACGCCUGUCCAUAUUGUGGAAAAACUUGUCGACUGAAAGGCAACCUCAAGAAGCAUCUUCGCACACACGUCACGACGAAGGAAGAGCUGGAAGCUGCCUGGAGGCCGUUUGCCAGCAACCGUCGGCCGCCUGCUGACAUCCCUGACGACGCCAUCGUACUUCGUGGAGCCGGAGGACCGUACUACACGCCGCCGCCUCGUCCGAAGAAGAAGAAGCUUGGACUCGGAGAACCAGAGCACUGGGUGGACAAGUUGAGAAGAGGAGAUCUUCUGCCACAAGUUGAGCUUGAGGACAAGAUCAGACGUCUCGAAGACACUAUCUUCAACAACAUGUCUCUUGAGCGUUGGGGCAACCUUUUCGAGAUUGCAAAGUCCAUUGCAUUCGAGACCCAUGAUUGUCCAGUGUGCAAGUCUCAAUUCAUGACCAGAAUGGAUUGUGUCAGCCAUCACACACUCGAACACGAAAAUCAUCGGGAGGGUCUUGAAUUUUUCUGCGAAAAAUGCUAUAGACCAUUUGCUGACGAGGCCAGCUACAAUCAGCACAUGAGCUACCACACGCGAGUUAGCAGUUUGAUUGAAACUGGAGAAAUUGUUCCUCAGCCAGCAGAUCCGGAAAUUUUGGUACCAACGAAUGACGAGUUUCAAAUGCUGUUUGGCGCAAACUUUGGCCAGCAGAUGAUGGAACCACAGUUGAUUUGAAAUUGAUUAUUAUUAUUGUUGCUUAGAUAGAGUAAUUCAGCUUGCGCACUUACCCAUUUUUGACGCCUUCGAUGACAUUUCUUUCAACUUCUCUUAUUCACCUUUUUCAAAACGGGGUACUUUUUUCUUCUUGUUUUUUUGGUUCUUUUCUUACCUCGGGGAUUAGUAUUUUUUGAAGAUUUCCUACCCAUUGACAGACAGACUUGCUCUUUCAAUCAUUUUUUUUUCCAAAAUUGUAAGCAUGCCGUUUAUCAUUGUUGGCAUUGAUCUACACCAGCGAUAUCUUGCUCCUUAUUUCCAUUUGUAAUCCGUUGUUUUUUAUUAUUAUAACCUAAUGUAUAACCUAUUGAGGAGUUUGUAUAGUCGUUGUAGUAGUCUUUGUUUGUUUUACCUUUUUUUCCCGUUGCCUGAUUUCGUCUAUUUUUAUAUAUUCUUCUCUUUUGAGCCGAUUGUAUAGGUGUUCGAUUAAUAUGAAGUGUCAUAAUUCAAUUUAUGGAGUGAAUAAUAAAAUUUUGAUACGUUUG